AUGUCCGAACGCAGCUCCUUCCGGGGCGGUCCCCGGGGUGGUGGACGCGGCGGAGGUCGAGCUGGUGGUGCAGGCGGCUAUGGCUACCGGAACCAGCGAGGUGGCGGCGUGGGUGGCGGUGCAUCGUAUCAACAUCACCAGCAUCAGCAGCAGCAGCAGCAGGGUGGAGGGCAAGGAGGCGGGCAAGGCGGACAGCAGCAGCAGCAGCAGCAGCAGCAACAGCAGCAGGAGAAGCCGAAGAAAGAGAAUAUUUUGGACCUGACGAAGUAUAUGGAGAAGGAGGUUUGUGUGAAGUUCAAUGGGGGGAGAGAAGUCACCGGCACCCUCAAGGGCUACGACCAGCUCAUGAACCUCGUCCUCGAUGACGUUAGGGAAGUUAUGCGCGACGACGAGGGUAAUCAAACAACCCGCUCCCUCGGCCUCAUUGUUGCGCGUGGUACGUUGCUCGUGCUCAUCUCGCCCGUCGAUGGCAGCGAGGAGAUCGCCAAUCCGUUCCUGCAGGCGGGAGACGAGUGA